UUAAAUUUUGUUGUCGCCGUUGACUCACAAUAAAUUUAUUUAUUCCUUUUUUGACUUUACUUUUUCUGUUAUAACAAAAGAAAAAUAAUUCGUAUAAUUUAGUAUAUUUAAAUAUACGUUCAAUAAACGCAAAGUUGAAUGGUGAGAAUACAUUUAUAAACUAAAGAUAAAAGGAACAGCUAAACAACGGAGCGCGAAGUAAACGAGCGUACUCCAUUACUUAUGGACGGCCACGUUGGUGGCACUCGUUUGAGUGGAGUGGAACGGUCUGAACGUCAGAAGCAGCGUCAACAAUAUCCAAAUGCAGCAAACAGCGAAGUUGAUGGUGCAGUAGAUGUGCCAACAGUUACUGUGCGAUCCCGUAGACAAAGUGGACGAAAUAAUCAAAAUGAACGCGAAGAAGCUGGCGGAAAUGGUAAUGGAGGAACUAAUCCUAGAGGAAAUGAUUUAAAUAACUCUUCAGUUAUGGAAGAAGAGGAAGGUCUCAAGUACGGCGCACAGCAUGUGAUAAAACUUUUCGUUCCAGUUUCUUUAUGCAUGUUAGUUGUUGUUGCUACUAUUAACGCUGUUAAUUUUUACUCAACCCGUGGUGUUUAUUUAUUGUACACACCGUUUCAUGAACUUUCACCGGAUCCCAGCGUAAAGUUCUGGAAUGCAAUUGCAAAUGCUUUAAUUCUUAUGUCGGUAGUUGUGGUAAUGACCAUUUUAUUCAUUAUUUUAUACAAAAAACGUUGUUAUAAAACCAUUCACGGUUGGUUGAUAUUGUCAUCAUUUAUGUUACUGUUCAUAUUUAGUUAUCUAUAUCUAGAAGAGCUCUUGCGUGCUUAUAACAUUCCAAUGGACUAUCCAACGACUCUUAUAAUAUUGUGGAAUUUCGGAGUUGCAGGAAUGAUGGCAAUUCAUUGGCAUGGACCAAUACAUUUACAGCAGGCUUAUCUUAUAUUUGUAGCUGCACUUAUGGCACUUGUGUUUAUCAAAUAUUUACCAGAGUGGACUACAUGGGUUGUACUAGCUGCUAUUUCAAUUUGGGAUUUAAUUGCUGUUUUAUCACCUAAGGGACCAUUGCGCAUAUUGGUUGAAACUGCACAAGAACGCAAUGAAGAAAUAUUUCCAGCCCUCAUAUAUACAUCUACCGUUGCUUACACUUACAUGGGUACUCAUCUUCCUGACCCAUCAAAUUCUGAUAACCAAGAAAAUCCAACUAAUUCACGUUCCGCACAACGUUCAGGUAAUACCGAGCAAAAUGAUGUCAUCACCUCAGCUGAAGAAGCUGGAUUUACACAAGAAUGGACGUCAAAUAUUGAUCAACGUACUGCUCGUCGCCAAAUUGAAGUUCAAGCUACUGGUCCUUCUAAUCGAUCAACAGAAUAUCGUACGGUUACGGCUCCAACACCAUCCGAUCAAAAUACAACGGAAGUGCAUGAAGACCGUGGCGUUAAACUUGGUCUUGGCGACUUCAUAUUUUAUUCAGUACUUGUUGGCAAGGCUUCUAGUUAUGGAGAUUGGACAACAACUAUAGCUUGUUUUGUGGCAAUUUUAAUAGGACUUUGUUUAACAUUAUUGUUGUUGGCAAUAUGGCGUAAAGCUUUACCAGCUUUGCCAAUAUCAAUAACAUUUGGGCUUAUAUUUUGCUUUGCAACAAGUGCAGUUGUAAAACCUUUCAUGGAAACUUUGUCAGCACAACAAGUUUUCAUAUAAUUGUACUGUGUAUAUCUAUCGUAUGGUUAUUUAAUAAUAGUUUUUAGUAUUAUUAAAAUAUGUAACUAAAAAUAAAAAUUUAGGUUAAAUACUCAUUUAUUAACAAAUAAAUAAUAAUUAAUUC